AGAACGUGGUCCUUCGUGUAUGACUGUUGAUCAAAUUCCUGACUUGAAAAUCAUUCAUGUGAGGUUUGUUCCUGGUGGUAAGCAAACGUAUGAAAACAUUGAUGACAGCUCUAGUGUACCAACAAGUCAACUUUCAUCUGCGGCGAGUGCCUCAAAUCUUAUCGAUUCUGCGAACGAAGAUCCAAAUCCUAGCAAGAAACCCCGUCCCGACGAAAGUCCAACCAAGUAUCCGUUAAGCCUAUCGAUUUCUCAAAUGAUCAAAUUGGGUAGACUAGGGACUUGCUCCGACUCGAGUAUCGUUGUCAAUCUUUAUUCUUUUGACAUUAACCUAAGUUCAUGGUCUCAAGUUCCACAAACUGUCGAAUUCCAGGAAGAAAAAGAACCAUGCGGCCAARGGGGCUUUCGUAAAGCGUAUAAGGCCAAAAGCAAGCAUCCAGAUUUUAAGGGCAGGCAUUGGGUUAUCAAAAAAUACCUCCCAAAAGCAGAACAAGAAAUUGAAAAUCAGGGGCUGACCUUAGAGGAACACACCAAAAAAACAGUGCAGAUGCACUUACUAGCAAAAAACUUUGCUUCACAGUUAGAGAAUAGUAUCAAUACAGACGACCUUAAAGAAUUUGGCCAACCACUGAGAUACCGUAAAAUAUUUUAUGGGGAAACAACUGAUAAAGACUAUGUAACAGUAGAAGAGUUUAUUGAAGGAAAAUUUAUCAAGUACAUCAAUAACAAUGGCAAAGUACCUACAGCAGUAGCUAGUGAUGAUGUCAAUGCACUUAAAGCACAGUGUCUUUCCCAUUUUUCAUAUGUCAAAUCUGGAAAGCAAUUGCUGCUUGUAGAUGUUCAGGGAAGUGGGGUGGAUUUAUAUGAUCCUGAAAUUGCAUCAGUUGAGCUGUACGAUGAGAAGAAAGCUAUUCUUUAUUGCAUUGGCAAUCUAUCAAGCAUUGCAAUUAAUACAUUUGCAAAGGAGCAUAGAUGCAACAAGUAUUGCAAGCUGGUUAACCUUGAACCAAUUCAACAGUGAGUGAGUGAAAUGUUUAAGGAGCUGCUUGCAACAAAUAUACAAUGAUAGCCUACAGGCAMCAAACACUGUUUUCAGUGCUGUCAGCAUCCUGUGUUGGGCAUGAAGGAUUGUCACAGUCAUUUAGAGGUAAUGUUAAUUCAGUACUGUAAUAAUAUUAAUUUUGGUUGGUUAUUAAAAUAACAUUUGUUAUAGCCUUUGCACGUGAUAGAUUACACUGACCUUUUUUUGUUCAUGAUUUCAAAUCAAAAAAUGUUGUCAAUGUUAAUAUGAAUGUGUCUUGAAUUGUUUGGACUUGUCUUAAUUUGACAUGCAGUACUGAGUUCACAUUGUAUUGAAAUAAGCAGUUCCUGUUUAUAUUUUAGAUAAAGUACUAGGAAUUGAUAUUUUGAGCACUGUAGCAUAACAGUAAAACACCCUAGUGGCUAUUUUGGGCCAAAUUGAAAUCUUUUCUCUUUUAACAAGAGGAUUUAAAAGUGUGAUGUUUCGAUUUUGACUCAAAGACUAUUCUCAUUUCACAACAGUUUUUAAUUGCUAAGCAAAAAUGUAAUAUUUGGGAAUAUAUUUGCAAAAGAUUUCAAGUUGUUAUGCAGUUUGCAUUCAUAACAAAGAAAAUUGCAUUCCACACUCAAAAUAAGCCACAUGUUUCUCUUGAGUUAUACUGCUUUCAUUGUUAUCUCAGUAACAACUCAUUAGCAUUUUUUCAAAAAA